CCAUGUGACCUUAACUUGCUGUUUCUACUGCCUUAAGAGGCAUUCUAGGGAGAUUUCCUUGGCAAUUCAAGUUCUUCCUCUAGCACAGGCAAUUUGCAAAGUAUUGCCAUGAUGUGUGAGGUAAUGCCUACCAUUAGUGAGGGUGACCCCUUAGGGCCACAGCCAGGCUCUGAUUCUGAUGCCAACUUUGAACAGCUGAUGGUGAACAUGCUUGAUGAGAGGGAUAAACUGCUAGAGACUCUUCGGGAAACACGUGAGACACUAUCUGUGACUCAGGGCCGGCUGCAAGAGACUUUCCAUGAACGAGACCAAUUGCAGAGACAGUUAAACUCUGCUCUACCUCAGGAAUUUGCAACAUUGACCAGGGAACUCAAUGCAUGUCGAGAACAGCUGUUGGAAAGGGAAGAGGAAAUCUCUGAGCUGAAAGCAGAACGCAAUAAUACGCGGCUUUUGUUGGAGCACUUGGAGUGCCUGGUCUCAAGGCAUGAACGCUCUCUGAGGAUGACAGUAGUAAAGCGGCAAGCUCAGUCUCCGUCAGGUGUCUCCAGUGAGGUUGAAGUUCUGAAGGCCCUGAAGUCUUUAUUUGAACAUCAUAAAGCAUUGGAUGAGAAGGUAAGAGAACGCCUGAGAGCAGCACUGGAACGAGUAGCAACACUAGAAGAACAGCUGUCCAGUGCCCACCAGCAAGUAAAUGCUCUUCAGCAAGGAUCUUCCCAAAGGGAAGCACCUGUAGGGGAAGAUGAAAAAAGGACUGAGGGCAAAGAAUCUGGACAAAAAGUACUUUGGAAGAGACUCCCUAAUGGCUCUAUACACCCAGAUGAUGGGGCAAGUCAGAUUGUGGAAUUGCAGGAGCUUCUAGAGAAACAAAACUUUGAACUAGCACAAGCUAAAGAACGGUUAGCCGGUCUGGCUGCCAGUGUUUCUGAGCUUGAGGAAGAUCUAAGCACAGCCAGGAGGGACCUCAUCAAAUCUGAAGAAAUGAGCAGCAAGUACCAGAGGGACCUACGAGAGGCUUUGGCACAAAAAGAAGACAUGGAGGAGAGAAUAACCACCCUAGAGAAACGCUAUCUGGCAGCCCAGAGAGAAGCAACUUCCAUUCAUGACCUUAAUGACAAGUUGGAGAAUGAGCUUGCCAAUAAAGACUCUCUCCAUCGUCAGUGUGAAGAGAAGGCCAGGCAUCUUCAGGAGCUUCUGGAGCUGGCGGAGCAGAAACUGCAGCAGACAAUGAGGAAAGCUGAGACUUUGCCUGAGGUGGAAGCUGAGCUAGCUCAAAGAAUAGCAGCUCUUACCAAGGCUGAAGAAAGGCAUGGUAGUAUUGAAGAACGACUGCGGCAACUAGAAACUCAGUUGGAGGAGAAGAACCAAGAACUGGGAAGGGCCCGUCAACGGGAGAAAAUGAACGAGGAACAUAACAAGAGACUCUCUGAUACUGUGGACAGGCUGCUGAGUGAAUCCAAUGAAAGACUUCAGCUUCAUCUUAAAGAAAGAAUGGCAGCCCUUGAAGAAAAGAACACAUUGUUGCAAGAAUUGGAAAAUACUCAAAAACAGAUUGAAGAGCAGCAGCAUGACAAGAGGAGACUGUCUGAUGAAAUUGACAGGUUGAGACUAGAAAUUGACCAGUUAAAGGCAAGAAGUGGACCUUUACUUGACAGUAUACAUACCAGGUCCCUUGUUGGCAGUACUCCUGAUCUCAGAUAUCCUCUGAGUACUAUGGUCCAUCCAUCCACGGACCCCUUUGCAACACCUUCUAGUCUUCAUCGGACACCAAAGAGCCGUUAUGUGGCUCUGCAGGAAGAAGCCUCCAAGGAUUGGGAGCAUGGUCCAACAAGUGGCAUCCUGAGUACUUCAGCUCACACUUUUGAUAGUGACCCGGAGAUUUCUGAUGUUGAUGAGGAUGACCAAGAGACAGUCUUCAGCUCUAUGGAUAUGUUGUCUCCCAGUGGUCAUUCUGAUGCCCAGACUCUUGCCAUGAUGCUGCAGGAACAACUGGAUGCCAUCAACGAGGAGAUUAGAAUGAUCCAAGAGGAGAAAGAAUCAACUGAGCUACGGGCUGAACAGUUAGAGAGCCGUGUCACCAGUGGUAGCAUGGAAGCCCUAAAUCUGACACAGUUACGCAAGAGAGCAUCCAUCCCCACAUCUUUAACUGCCUUGUCUCUGGCAAGUUCAUCUCCUCCUGUCAGUGGACGUUCUACUCCAAAACUCACCUCUCGCAGCACAGCUCAGGACCUUGAUCGGAUAUGCAGUAUGACCCUGCCAAGUGAUUUGAGGAAACACCGGAGGAAACUACUUUCACCAGCUGGUCGAGAUGAGAGUCGAGAAGAUAAAACGACCAUCAAAUGUGAGACUUCUCCUCCUUCUUCACCCAGGAGCCUCAGACUGGAGAAACUUGGACAUCCUGCUUUUAGUCAAGAUGAAGGCAAGAGUUUUCUAGAGGAUCAAGCAAGUAACCCCAGCAGCAGUAAUAGCAGCCAGGAUUCACUGCAUAAAGGCUCCAAGAGGAAAGGCAUCAAAUCUUCAAUUGGACGCUUGUUUGGAAAGAAAGAAAAAGGGCGCUUAAUCCAGCUGAGUAGAGAAGGCACUACUGGACAAGUUUUGCUAACAGAUUCAGAAAUGAACAUACAGGACUCUCUUGGUCUUGGCAAGCUAGGAGCACAAGCAGAAAAAGAUCGACGACUCAAAAAAAAACAUGAACUUUUGGAAGAUGCUAGAAGAAAGGGUAUUCCCUUUGCUCAGUGGGAUGGGCCAACUGUGGUCUCCUGGUUGGAGCUUUGGGUGGGCAUGCCUGCCUGGUAUGUUGCAGCUUGCAGAGCUAAUGUGAAAAGCGGUGCAAUUAUGUCUGCCUUGUCAGAUACAGAGAUCCAGAGGGAAAUUGGAAUUAGUAAUGCCCUUCACAGGUUAAAACUGCGCUUGGCAAUCCAGGAAAUGGUGUCUCUCACAAGCCCUUCUGCUCCACCCACCUCCAGAACAUCAUCUGGAAAUGUCUGGGUUACUCAUGAAGAAAUGGAAACCAUGGCUCCUUCAACCAAAAUGGAUACUGAGGAAGGCAGUUGGGCACAGACUCUGGCUUAUGGGGACAUGAACCAUGAAUGGAUAGGGAAUGAAUGGCUUCCUAGUCUAGGUCUACCACAGUAUCGCAGUUACUUCAUGGAAUGUCUUGUGGAUGCACGAAUGUUGGAUCAUCUGACUAAAAAAGACCUUCGAGUACACUUGAAGAUGGUAGACAGUUUCCAUCGAACAAGUCUCCAGUAUGGGAUUAUGUGCCUCAAAAGACUGAAUUAUGAUAGAAAGGAGCUGGAGAAGAGGCGGGAAGAAAGCCAGCAUGAAAUCAAAGAUGUGCUGGUCUGGACAAAUGAUCAAGUAAUUCACUGGAUUCAAUCCAUUGGACUUAGAGAAUAUGCCAACAACAUCGUUGAAAGUGGAGUCCAUGGUGCACUUAUUGCUCUGGAUGAAAAUUUUGAUUAUAAUAGUCUGGCACUUAUUUUACAAAUUCCCACUCAGAAUACACAGGCACGACAGGUGAUGGAGAGAGAAUUCAACAAUCUUCUUGCCUUGGGUACUGACAGACGACUUGAUGAUGGUGAAGACAAAACUUUUCGGCGAACUCCUUCUUGGCGAAAACGCUUCCGCCCUCGAGACUUUCACAGUAUCACCAUGGUUAGUGGGUCAGCAGAAACUCUUCCAGCAGGUUUUCGAGUGACCUCUUUGGUGCCUCUGCCACCUCCUUCAGCACCACCGAAGAAAAUGCCACCAGAAGCACAUUCCCACUAUCUUUAUGGUUAUAUGCUGGCUGCUUUCCGGGAGUAGGAGAUUAUGCCUGCUCC